AUCCCCCAAUGGUUAUUGCGAUCCCGAUCCCGAGUUAGUUUUAUCACGCUAGUAGGCGACGUACCCACGUGCAUUUGUUUUCCGUUUUUUGACUUGUGAUAAAAAAAUAAAAUGUCUACAACAAGAAGUGCAAUUGAAUGUCCAAUUUUUGAUGCACCAAAAGACUUGGUUUGUUCGGUUUUACCUACUUUUUCCGAUGUAAUAAAAUAUUUUUUAUGGAUUCGACAUAACUUGGAAGAAAGUCAAGUUAAUCGCAAUCUUCUUGUAUCCGAAGCUUCAGAAGUUGUCGCUCAAAAAAUAGAAGAGAUUUGGAAAUCUGCGUCUGUACCAACAGUAAGUCAUCAGAGAAUUGUGGCGCUAAUUAAAGAGUACCAGAAAAAAAGAAAAGAUCUCCUAAAGCCAUACCGACAAAGAAAAGACGUUCCUUCGUAUAAGUCCAAAGCUGAACAUUUUGUAAAGGAUAGCCAACGAUUAUUUGACGUUGCCGUAUGCAAAUGUGUUGACUUUCAAAACUGUUCAUGUUCAAAACCAAAUAAGGUUCCUCUAAAUGAACGCCCAUUCCUGCAAGAUCAGAGGUCGGACAGAAAAAUGAUGAUUGGGUCUGUCGAUUUUAAGGCUGUUCGACAUCAACAAAAAAGAGAAAAUAGGAGUCAAAAAGACAACAUAGCGGAAAAGCCGAAACCGAGCACAUCUUUUGACAGCAGUGAUAUUUUGCUGCUUGAAGGUCAACCUGAUUUCGAAAGUGAGCAAGGUAAAUAUGAUAACGAUGAAGACAGUCUUUCUCCCGAACUGCCACUAUUUUCUGAUAAUCCAAGUACGUCAAACAGCAAUCGUAAUACUAGCAGCCUUUGCAUGUUGGCAAAUACGUUAGACAGAUACGCGGUGUCAGACAGAGCAGGUGCAGCGAUAGCUUCAGCCGUGCUUCAAGAUUAUGGAAUUAUUAGUAGCGAAGACUCCCAGAACAUCAUUGAUCGUCAUAAAGUCAGACGUGCAAGACAGAAAAAAAGACAAGAACUACAAAAAACUUCAAAGAUAGGUCUGUUGCGGGGUUUGUACUUCGAUGGACGUAAAGACAAAACAUUAAUAUUUACGGACAAUAGAAAAAGGACAGUAGUCAAGGAACAUAUAACUUUAUUACAAGAACCAGGUUCAAACUAUAUCGGUCAUCUUUCCCCUGUUUCUGGCUUAAGCAUUUUGAAUUCUUUGACUGAAUUCUUAGAUAACUCCUCAAUUUCGCUCGACAGUUUAGAAGCGGUUGGUUGCGACGGAACAAACAUCAAUGUAGGAUCCAAGGGAGGAAUUAUUUCAUUACUCGAAAGAAACAUUAAGCGACCCCUGCAAUGGUUUAUUUGCCAGUUGCAUGCGAAUGAGCUUCCUCUGCGACAUAUACUGCAACACCUUGACGGUGAAACAACUGGACCUCAAGCAUUUCGUGGGCCUAUAGGAAAGCUGUUAAACGAUUGCGAAAAACUACCAAGCGUAGAAUUUUCUAUAAUAGCGUGUGAAUUACCUGAUAUUGAUACUAACUUAGAGUUAAGUACAGAUCAAAAAUACCUUUAUGAAAUAUGUUUAGCUAUUAAAAAUGGUUACUGCUCCGAAUCUCUCUUAAAACGUGACCCAGGUCGACUAGUCCAUUCCCGAUGGUUGAUUACUGCAAACAGACUAUUACGUUUAUACGUAAGCACCGCAAAUCCAACUCAAAACUUAAUUAUAUUAGUAACAUUCAUAAUUAAAAGUGUAUGGCCCUAUGUGGUUUUUUAUUAAAACGAAGCCUUCAUGCAUUUAUGGCGCAAAACAUAUUUUCAAAACCAUUCAAUUAUGCAAUUAUUUGUCAGAUGACUUAAAAAAAAUCAUUCACAAAGUGAUUAAUAGGAAUGGUUUUUUUGGACACCCGGAAAAUAUAAUAUUGUCUAUGUUGUGGGAUGAUCGGAGAUAUAUAAGGCAGCUAGCUUAUUGCAGAAUUUUGAAGACCAGGGCUAAAACACAUCAUAGUGAAUUAAAACAACGAAAUUUUGUCGUUCCAGAUUUCAAUUUUCAAGGUUCAGAUUACUAUGAGCUAGUAGACUGCCAACAUGUAAGUUGGACCGAACCACCAAUAACGUUUUCAUUAACGGAAGUUGAGCUACAAGAAAUAGUAAACGAUCCAGAACAUUCCGCAAUAUCAUAUAUUAAAGAUUACCCUUGCCACACACAAGCUGUGGAAAGAGCCGUAAAACUGGUGACUGAGGUAUCUAUUACGGUUUGUGAUUAUGAAAGAAGAGAUGGAGCAAUAAAAAGUAAAUUAGAGUCACGGUCCAUUAUGCCAAAAUUUGAGACUAAAAAAGAUUUCCUUCAAAGUAGUGUUGCGCAAUUAUUAGUACAUUUUUGAAAUAAAUUUUUGCUUUACAAAACCAUAAUAUGUGUAUUUU